CUCGGUGCUGUUCAGAAUCGGGGGUGGGGGGGCGCGAGAAAGGGGGCGCACAACUGCCUGACUGCGGGCCCCGCGAGGAGGUGCUGGAGCCGCCGCCGCCGCCUUCAGCUGGCGCGGGUUCCCGAGUAUGAGAUGGAGUAUGGCUAGCAUGUAUGAAGACAACAGCUUAGCAGAUGUGAUGGUGAUGCUUGAAUGCGGCUGGACUUGCUGAGGGAGGCGAAAGGGUGGCAGGUGGCAGGAGCUGGAGUCUCUCAAGGGUUCUGGUGCCUGGCCUCUGUAAGAAGCCAUGAUCACCUUGAUAACUGAACAGCUACAGAAACAAAGCCUGGAGGAAUUGAAAUGCACAUCCUUCAGCAUCAGCCUGAUGAAAGAUUGGAGAGAUUGCUACGCUGUGCUUCAAGCUGCUGCUGCUGCCUAUGACCAGGAGUCAAAUAACUAAUUCUGAAUGCCUAAAGGGAACUUCAUGGAGGGACCUAGCUCCUUGUCCAAAGAUCCAUCUUCAGGACAGCACAGGUCUUUACCAACACUCCAGCUUGAGCCUCCCCCUGCCCCCCUGCAGCUCAGACAACCGUCCUCAGAACAGCCUCACAUCCCAAACACUGGCCACCAACUCAGUAGUCUCAGAAAAGGCUUCUGUGCCCCCCACCAAAAGACACUGCCGUUCACUAUCAGUGCCUGAAGACCUCUCCCGUUGGCAGGCUGUCUGGAAGCCCCUGGGCUCCAAAGUCUGGACGCACAUCAAACGCCGGGACAACAGUGGAGGGGACACUUUGGCAGUACAAGCCCAGAACCUGGCCCAGGGAGCCAACACACCUUGCUUCAACCCUGCCCCCAGUGCCUCUCACCAGUGUGUUCAAGAUGGUGCUGGUGGUAGCAGCGGCGGCAGGAGCCCCCCUUUCUUUAGCCUGGCCCUAUCCCGAGAAUCGCCAGCAAGCACAUCAUGGGAGACUGGAGAGACUUUGCAGCCCUACCCUCUUCAACGACGUUUCUCCCUUUCACCUGUCAGAUUCCUUCCCUCCCCGCGAAGCUCCACCACCUCCACUCCAGAGUUGCUUCGACACCAGCACAGCCUCCCUCGCAGCCGCUCACAGCCAUGUGACUUGGACACCAGGAAAUCUGGUCUCAAGCGGCGCCACGAUGAGGAUGUGAGGUGGCAUAGGCCCUCGCUUGAUUUCUACAAGAUGAAUCAGAAACCAUUUGCAGGUCAGCUGGACAAAUCUGAAGAAGGUGGCUAUUCAUCAUGGCUCUUGGGCUGCAGCCCACAAGCUCCUUCAGCUCCAUGUAGUCCCCUCAGCAACUGUGUCCAGGUUCUUAGUGAAAGUGAGGAAGAGGAGGAGGAAGAGGAAGCAGCAGUACAAGCGGCACGGCGACUAAAUUGGAAUUUAGCAAGCAAAAGGACACUCUUCCAACCAGACUUUAGCGAUCUGGAUCUAACUUUGAUUGAGGAGAACUAGGGGUUGGAUGUCUCCACAAGAAACUGAUUCUGGGAUCAGCCACAAAGGGAGGCUGCACUCCUUGAUGAGGGAAGUGGGGUGGGUGCAGAGGGGAAAGUGGCAUUGGGACUGGUGGGGUUUUGUCUGCUUGUUUCUUUUUUAUUAAAAAAAAAGGAAAAAUGGCUGUAUAGAUGCUGUAUGUCUCUGGGAUAGAGUGAUGAAGCCCUGCCAGAGGGGUGUGUCCAUAUGUGAGAAAAACAGAGAACUUUGCCAAUAACCCUUCUCCCUAUUCCCAUAUCAGUUUUUUAGCAAGCCCCUUGGGCACCCAGGUUUCAAAAUGGACUCCAUUACCCCAAAGGGAGAUAAUAACAUUAGUCUCUAGUACCGUAAAACGAUGGGGGGCGGGGAGAGUUCUACUAUGACCUCAUUCCAUUGAAAUGAUUCCACAAGUUUGGUGGAAAAAAUAGGAAUCUCUGUAAAAAUAUUGGAUGAAACAAGCAGAGUUGGAAAUUAAAUUUUGUUGUGGUUCUUUGUAAUACUCAUUCCCCACCCCCACCCCCACUGGUAGUACCUAGUUCCUUUCUGGUGGUAAGUAUAGAACUCGAGGCUUUUGCUGCUGUCUGGUGACUGAGAGCGGCCGCCGAGACCACAUAACACCGGUCUUGAAAGAUCUAUAUUGG